AUGGAUGUGUUGGGUGCUCUGCGAGAUGCGAUUUCCCAGCAGCGGCCAAUCACGUUUCUGGAAGGGACGACACCAACGACAACGUUGACGGCAGCGACGACGCACAUUGUGCUGUCGCCUUCAUUGACUGUGGCUCGGAAUGCGCCGACGAGGUUCAAGAAGGAUGCAUCGAGCAGUGCUACGGACCCCGAGAGUGCACCGGGCGAGUUCUUUACAAUCGAGGCGCUGCUAUUGGCCUGGACGCUGAAGAACGCGGGUGGAGGAGACUAUAUCCGACAGACCAAGACCAAGGGUGUGGCUGGCUCUGUCGGCAUUACCGAUCGUGGCCGUGUUGUCGAGUGGUUGGAAGGAAAGGGCGACCAUCCCAAUGUGGUUGGUGCACGCUCGACAACACCUCCCCUGCCCGACUCGCCUUCCAAACCAACGUCUUCUGCCCCUGCCUCGGCCCCACGACGAGAAAAACGCGAACAUCCGUUUAAUGCGGCUGACUAUGAAGUCUGCAAACGUAUCAAGUUGCAGGAGAUUGAGCUCAAGGACCGGAACUCGGUCUUGCGCGGUGUCAAGGUCAAUAACUUUUCGAAUAUCAAGACGCUGUUGGCAUCUAGGCAAAAGCCCAAAGAAGCUGUCAAGGAUGCUCCCAGGCCCGAUGCCAAAGUGGGUGCCAAGAAAGCCAAAAACAUGCAUCCAAUCAUUGUCAUCCCCUCGAGUCCGACUUCCCUCAUCACCAUGUACAACGUCAAAAAGUUCUUGGACGAGGCUUCCUUCGAACCUUCCGAGGCGGCCAAGUCCCGGAUGAUCCGCGAAGGCAACCUCAAAGUCGAGGACGUCAUUGCCAUCGUUCGCCGUCGUACCGAGAGCGAACAGCCUGUCAAGUAUUAUAUUGUGGAUUCUGUCGAGGCGUUGAGCAAGUUUGGACAAGGUGGUGGUGGUGAUCCUUGGGACCGAGUCGUGUGCGUUUUAACUACGGGUCAACAGUGGCAGUUUAAACCUUACAAAUGGUCCGAGCCUCGUCAACUCUUCCACAACGUCAAGGGAAUGUAUAUCAAGUGGCGUAACGAUACUUCCCAAGUCAAAGACUGGAAUGUCUCUACUCUCGAGGCGAGUCUUGGUAGUGCAGCAGCACUAUGGCCCUUUCCUUCUAAACGGUUCCAAUCGAAUGGGCUCAUCUCGGCCGGGGAGCUUGGAUUACAAGGUGUCCAGGGGAGAGUGGUCGCAUUUGGAGAUUUAAACGGGGACCAAUUCUUGGACUUGUUGACGCUGAGUGAAGAUCAGAAAAAGGUCGAUGCAUGGGUUUGGGAUCAUAAUAGUUUCUCGUUUAGUCGUUCCACGACUGUCGCUUCGUUUAUCACGGGCCAAAUUGUCAAUGUCGUCCCCGCCGACCUAAACUAUGACGGCCGGUUAGACAUGUUAAUCAUGACGAUAGGGAAAGAAGGAAAACAGUUGGACUUGAGUUUACAUCUUGGAGACGGGCAGGGUGUGAACUAUUCUUCUCCAAGAACAUUACCUCCUUCUGGUCUCGCCCAUCCAAUCGUUUUAGAUUCGGACGGGAACAUGAGGUUGAAUAUGCUAGGAUUGGAUCCGGACGGGAAUAUGAAGUUGUGGAGGAACAAUGAUGAUACCAGCGGGACGUUUACUCUAGUUGACCCUCCGCUCCCGAGUCAGGCGUGCAAGUUGGCUGACCCGCAUAGCAGUGCCGUGGUCGAUUUUAACGGGGACUGUCUUGCCGACUUGUUUUUACAUUGCCAAGAUGAUACAUUCCAAAUCUGGACCAGGUCUCCUGGAAGUCAAGGAGGUUACACGUUUGCGAGAGGGGAAAAGCUUCCCAAGGGCGCAGGAGCGGUGUCAUUUGCUGAUAUGGAUCGAGACGGUACACUCGAUAUUGUCUUCCCGGUCUGUAAAUCCUUCUCGUCCAAAACGGGCGUCGGACUCGAUUGCUCGGUUCAUAUUGCGUACAAUAAGCAGAUCCCGCUGUGUCCGAGUGCAGGUGGGAUACCGAGCGGGGGUAGCAAGUCCAAGUGUCGUAGUCCGGGGGACUUGUGCGUCGCGGACGAGGCGUUUGGGUUUAAAUUUGACCAAAGUGCAGGAGACGCCUAUUCGGUUAUACCCCUCAACUCGAUCUUGCCGAAUCAUGAUUCCCUUCUCCUAACGGAUACAUCGCACAACCCUCCGCUUCCUAUUCCUUUGCGUAUCGGCGACGCAAAUUUGGAUGGGUACCCGGAUAUCUUGGCUGUUGCUGUUGACGAGGCGGGUGUUAACCGGGUACCAGUGCUCUUGUUUAGUGUGCCGGGGAAAGACGGUCCUUUGAUCUCGGCAAAUGCAUUGGAUUCGAGGGGACUUGAAUUUAGUCCGCAUGUGCAGCAGUUGUUUGGAGUUGGUAGGAACGUAUCGACUACGAGCUCAGGGACCCACCACAGAAGGUUUUUCAAGAGCGCGAAACGUGGUGCCGAGGCCUUGGCGGAGAUUACGGACGCGAGAGGAGUGGCGUUUGUUGAUUUGGACGAAGACGGGACGCUGGAUAUCCUCGUCCAGCGAAACGGCGCCCAAACAGGCUCGCGCAUUGCAUUUAUCCAGAAUAACUUUUUCCAAGAUGCGUUUUUCCUCAAGGCGAUCGUGUUGAAUGGGGCUUGUCCGAGUGGAAUUUGCGAGACGAGUUCGGGCAAAUAUAAACCGUUUGGGUCUACGAAUCCUGGUGCUUCAUUCAAGUACACCGUAUUAGAUACUAGGGGAGACCGUUCUGCCGCGUUUGGUACUCAACUUCCUCAAACGGGAUACCAAGUCCUUCAUACACCCUAUGCAUUCCUCGGUCUCGGUCGCACAAACAAUUACAUCGAGACUCUCAUUGCAGGAUCCACAUCCCCGCAAUCAUCUACCACUCUCGAAGGCGUGAUUCCCAAUUCUAAAUUAGUUCUGAAUCCCAACGCGGACGGAACUGAUUGGAAGCGGGAGUUGUUUUUGAGACCUGGUCAAUGGUUAUGGUGGGUCUUGUUCACGCUUGUGGCUGCUACAGUUAUACUCCUUGUGGUGGUGAUGGUUUUACACAUUAAUGAGAAGCGAGAGGAUGAGAGGGAGAGGAAAAAGGCGCUCCAUCAUAUUAAUUUCGAUGCUUUGUGA